AUGGCUGUUCCAGGCACUCAGAUCUCCAAGCGCAGAAAGUUCGUCGCCGAUGGCGUCUUCUACGCUGAGCUCAACGAGUUCUUCCAGCGCGAGCUGGCCGAGGAGGGCUACUCCGGCGUCGAGGUCCGCGUCACCCCCACGGUAACCGACAUCAUCAUCCGCGCCACCCACACCCAGGAGGUUCUCGGCGAGCAGGGCCGCCGCAUCCGCGAGCUCACCUCGCUCAUCCAGAAGCGCUUCAAGUUCCCCGAGAACUCCGUCUCCCUCUACGCCGCCAAGGUCCAGAACCGCGGUCUCUCCGCCGUCGCCCAGUGCGAGUCCCUCCGCUACAAGCUCCUUAACGGUCUCGCCGUCCGCCGCGCCUGCUACGGUGUCCUCCGCUUCAUCAUGGAGUCCGGCGCCAAGGGUUGCGAGGUCGUCGUCUCCGGCAAGCUCCGCGCCGCCCGCGCCAAGUCCAUGAAGUUCACCGACGGCUUCAUGAUCCACUCUGGUCAGCCCGCCAAGGACUUCAUCGACCACGCCACCCGCCACGUCCUCCUCCGCCAGGGUGUUCUCGGCAUCAAGGUCAAGAUCAUGCGCGGCUCCGACCCCGAGGGCAAGGCCGGCCCCCAGAAGACCCUCCCCGACGCCGUCUCCAUCCUUGAGCCCAAGGAGGAGCAGUCCGUCGUCCAGCCCAUGUCCCAGGACUACGGCGCUAAGGCCGCCCAGGCCCAGGCCGCCGCUGAGGCGCAACAAGCGGAGCAGCAGCCCGAGGCUGGCGAGGAGGCUGAGGCUCAGUCGUAG